ACAACAUAUACGAACAAACAAAUCGGUUUCGUCAAACGCUGCAUUUACUCCCUUUCGAAUUCAGUCAAUGGAUGCACACCAUUAUGAAUUUUACACACUGGAUAUUAUUCAUUCGGAUGGUAGUGAUGCAAAGUAGAAGUCAAUGAACCUGUGAAGGUGAACUUGUUAGAACUCUGAGAGGUUAUGUGGCACAGCCAAGAUAAUUGGACAUUGAACUGUUUUGCAUAAUAAUCAACUAUAACAUACAGAUACAUUGUAUUAAUUCAGUUUUGAAGAUCCACCAAGAUUAUUAAAUUCAAUUUUUGUGACCAAUGUGUUUUGUCAGUAAUACAAAAAGGCAUUUCAAGGUACCUUACACACUCGUGGAAGGCAUCAACAUGUGAACAUGUACUUCAUAUCUGGCAAGUGACUGUUGUAUUGUUUUUUUUCUUCUGCAAAUCGUUCCGGAUAUAAUGAAUUAUUACAACAUAAAACUCCAGUAAAAGAUGGAGAAUUCUGAAAAAGACGAAAAGAACAAGCAAACCUCCGACGGAGUAGACACUGUUGAGAAAAUUAUUGAAGACACAGUGGCAGACGGACUACAUGCGAUGGUGCUAGCCCUAGGUUAUAGAGUGGGCAUUGUUGAUGCAUUGUACAGACUGGAAACCCCUUGUACAGACAGAGAGAUCAGCGAUGAAGCCGGAUUAAACCUGAGAUAUGUACAGGAAUGGUUGAUCUGCAUGACAACGAAGGGGAUCAUCCGAUACGACAAUGAAAAAUAUAGCCUUCCCUGCUCUGAACAAGUUCAAAGGGCUGUUCUCAUGUCCGCCGUAUUACCAAUGUUUGCAGAUUGUCUGCUAAAAUUGGAGCCUGCAAUGCGAGACAAGGAACAUAACACUGGUUACCCUUUUCCACAAAAAGAUUUGGAAUGGCUCGGGAAGUUCAAUGAAGUAAACACGUUUAACAGUCAUUGGGUGGAAAGUAAUUUAGGAACAGUUUUCAAAAGACAUUUCAAAGAUUCGCAAGAACAAAUAAAGGACAUUUUAGACUUUGGUUGUGGAUACGGCAAACUCUCUCAGCAACUUGCAGAAACAUAUCAAUAUUUCAAUAUCACUGGUGUGGAUAUUGACGAACAAUCCAUUCGUCACUGCCAGAAAACAUACAAGUGUCCGAAUCUGCAUUUUACAAGUAGUAAGGACAUAUCUUCGACUUUGAAUAUUAGAUUUGAUGUCAUCAUAUUGAUGGAAGUUCUACACGAUCUUCCAGAUCCAGGGCAAGUUUUAUCAGAGUUAAGAACAGUCCUCAAACCUGAUGGAUGUAUUGUAACAUUUGAUCCCAAUAUAUCCUCUGACAUUUCUACAAAUAUUGGAAGCAAAGCUGCAAAGAUUCAUCUACCAUUCAGCGUGUUCUUCUGUUUACCAAACAGUAUGUCAAAGAGUCCAGCUGUUGGACAUGGGGCUGGCUGGGGAGUGGAAGAUAGACGAAAUUUUAUCACGGAACAUGGUUUUACUAUUCUUAAUAUUGAUAAUAACUCCGUUGACCCUCAAUAUUCUAGAUUGGUGUUUAAAAAUUCAAUGAAAUGACAUGUAUUUGUAACUUGUAAGGUGCUUUCAAAGUUUAAAAGCCAUGUUGAUUUAUAAUUUUUCUGCUUUGAUGUUUGCAAUUUAUUAGAGAAAUUACAAAUGAACAGUGAUCAAUCUCAUAACUCCCAUAAGGAAUACAAAAUAGAGAGUUGGGCCAACACGGAUCAUGGAUAUACCAAAGGUGGGAUCAGGUGCCAAGGAGGAGUAAGCAUCCCCUACAUUUUCUAAAAUCAUCAAUCGUAGAUGGAUGUCUUUCUUAACCCCUUUUUAAAGUAAAAAAAGGGGAUGGGUAUACAGUUUAUAACACUAAAUGUAUAUCAAAGUGCAUAUAUUCUUCGAAAUGUUUGGCAGAUAAUGAACGAACAAUGCCUGAUAAUUGGUAUAUUUAUAAAGGUAUGGGGAAUUUAUACGCUUUUCAACAAAGCUC